CUUUCACUGCACAGAUAAGAGGUAAAGGCUCUUUUACAGUGAAAUUUGGUCAGUGAGACUCGUUUCUGUCAAUACUGGGAGACCUUUUUGAAUUUACCAUAAGGAUUUUAUUGUCAUGGAUGGUAAUAAGUGGAUAAUUGUGGUGACAAUGGCCAUUUUGAUGCUCUUUGGUACUGUGGGACAUAGCAAGAGAUGUGAUACUCUGAUAGAAUCUAAAUUCCAAAAGGAUGGGGAUGUCAGCCAUCGCCCAAAAAAAGAUUCUUCAGAUUUGAAUAACUGCAUUCGCAAACUUGGCCCUAAAGAUGUAACAAUUGUACAUGGAGAAAUCUCUGGGGUGAUUUUCAACUGCUCAGAAUGUAAAGCACAAUCAGAGGGAAAGCGGAUUUGUCCUAUUUUUGUCUUCGACGCACACAAUGCCAGUGCUGCACCGUAUUUUACGUAUGGGAACCGGAAUUGGACGUACGGUGAUUUGACGUUUUGGUUGAAAAAAGAACCAUCUACCAAUACUACCUACUUAAAGAUUAAAAGCCAACCAACCUACAAGUCAUUCAAUGUCAUGUUCUGUGCCGAAAAAGGUAACUGUUCUCAUACUAUCAAAAUUGAAGACUGCAGAAAAUCAGACUAUAUAAAAUGUGCGGAGAGUCCCUUUGAAUACAGGGUAUACAUGAGCGAAACACCAAGAUGUGGCAAAUGUGGAAACCCUGUCAUUAUACUACCAGCGUUAAACACUUCUGAUAUAUUUCCCGAGUUUUCUGACGAACCAGAAAAUUCCAACAGUGGCAAGGGUGAAAGUGUGGAUCCUGCCGAUGCCUCGAAGGUCAUGCAACAGUUGUCCUCUGUGUCGGAGCUUAUGGGGAAUCUCACCCAGGCCAGUGUCUCCAUCGGGCCGAUUAAGGGGGUCAUGGUGAAACCAAAGGACGAAUCCGACUUGUACAAGUUAUCCUUUGUCAGCAGUGACAGUGCUGUGAAUCUGAUACUAGAUGAGGCCAAACUAAAAGAACAUCCUCUGUCUGUGACUGUGUCUGAAGAAGCCUACAAGAAAUCCUAUAACCAAACAAAUGGGAAAGCAUUUGUUGGUGUAUUUCGAUUUCCAAAUAUGACCGGGGAAAAUGUCACUGCUUUAUCCGGUAAUGUGUACGCCAUUGAUAUGGGAACCAAUAUAUCGAAUCUCUCAGAACCCAUUCAAAUCAAAUACAAUGCUAAACCACAGAAAGGAUUUGAUCUGUCUUGCCAAAGUUGGGAUGGAGAAGGGGCUCAACCAAACUGGACAGAUGCAGGGUGCCUCACCAACAUAAGCAACAACGACGUGACGUGUGAAUGCAGUCAUCUGACCUUCUUUGCUGUCCUUAUGACGCCCCUUGAGGAGAACAUAACACUUUCUGAUCUGACGUCCUUGACGUACAUCAGCUACAUCGGCUGUGGGAUUUCACUGUUCUUCCUUGGAAUAGCACUGUUCAUGUUCUUCUGCAUAAGAAGGGCAAAGGCUAGCAAUGCCACCCAUAUCCUUAUCCACCUCCUCCUGGCACUCUUUCUGCUUGACGUGGCCUUUCUGUCCAAUGAGUGGAUCGCCGGCAUGAACAAUGACGUGGCCUGCAAGGUUAUUGGCGGUUUCAUGCAUUACUCCAUGCUGUGUUCGUUCACCUGGUUUGCAGUGGAGGCUUUCCACCUCUGCCUGCAGCUGACUAGGUUCGCUACAGUGACCAUUGCCAAGUACAAGUUGAAGCUCAGCUGCGUCGGAUGGCUUCCUGGUGCCGUUGUGGUUUUGGUCUUAUUCGGUUUGGGAACAUAUGGUGAACUAAAGAUUUACACUGACGGCGACACUGUCGUCAAGAUGUGCUGGAUCAAGGACUUCCAAACUCAGUAUGUGGUGAACAUAGGCUACUACGCUAUUGUCUUCCUCUUCACUUCCACCAUCUUCGUGGUGAUGCUCCGCUGGCUUUGCUACCUCAGAGGGUCCAAGCUCAAGCAGGACACCAGCACCAGAACACAGGACGUCAUCACGGUCAUGGGCCUCUGUUGCAUGCUGGGCAUCACCUGGAGCUUCGCAUUCUUCAGUCACGGACCCCUCCGCGUGCCAUCCUACUACAUUUUCUCAGUACUAAACUCUCUCCAAGGCUUUCUCCUCUUUCUCUACUACUACAACACCAGCAAAAUCAUCGGAGACGGCGAUAACGACAGCUCAACUUCCUCUUCAAAUAAAACGGACAUCUCAAGGGCAUCCAUCUCAGAGAAAAAUCCCUACAUGUGAAAUAAAUGAAAAAAAUUGAUCUUCUUUCAAGCAGAGACCUAGUCUGGAACACCAUAGUUCAAACAAGAAAAAUAUCUGGCCAAUCAGCAAAACCGAAGGGGAAGACGAAACUGAAAUUUAUUGUGAUAAACAGUAGCAGCAACAACUGCAAACAACAAAAAGGCAGUUGGAAAAAUGCAGACAUUACAGCAAAGGUAGACCCACAUGCAUUGUUUCCUGACUGUUGAUGCGGUUUAUUGUCAAUUUGUAUAGUUUAGGGGAAGUAGGAUGUAAUGUUAGGAAUCUCUGAUCAGUGUGAUUUCAAAGUUAGUGCCCGUUCCAAGUGUUGGAAACUAAUCCGCAUCGUGAGUCACCAGACUGUUCACUUUGUGGCUAAAAGCAUGCAACAAUCUGCCACUUUUUGAGAUAUAUUAUUAUAAGCAACACAUUAUUUAGGAUGGUGUACAGUCAGAUAGGCUAUAGGAACAGUUUUUUUUUCUCUCUAGAAAAUAAAACAGUUAUCAACUACAUUGUUCGUGUGGUGAUGUGCACAAAGCCUCAUUCACACUGCAUGAUUGAAUACAAGUGGGCUGACCCCAUACAGUUUACUGCAGUUCUCUGUAGUUUUAGAAUAGCCUGACUCCGCCUCCGCACUUCCGCUCAAUUUCUAUUCCCUUCAGUACUCCAUCUGGGAUGCCUUGAUCCACUUUCGUUUACACCGGCAAGUGCACCUCCGCCCAAUCAGCGAACAGAGGGUGUUCCCAAGAGCGAUUACAUUUUUAUCAAGCCUAUCGUUAUCGUUAUUGUUGUGUCCCCCGUGGUUAACAUGCAUCAUUACCAAACGUCAGUGAUUGAACUCUGAUGAUUUCAAACUUCAGACAAAGCGUCCACCAACCAGGAAAUAAACGUUUGCAAAUGAAGGCUCAUGGUCCUUUCUCAGUGUGUUGGAGCCAUUUAUAAUCACCUUUAGCAUUUGUGGGUUUACAUAUUUUAGCCACUGAGGGUGUUAGUCACGUGAACAGGAGAUGUAUAUGAACAGUUAUUUGUUGAUUCAUUGGAAAAGAUGCGGAUGGCGGGGAGAUACGGUUCUUACGUAGCCUUAGCCAACAAAAUGGCAGCACAAUACAGCACUAAUAUACAGCAAUACAGCACCGUUUAAUAUCACCAGCAGCACCAUGUUUGAUAUCCAAAUUUUAACUUGGCAAUAAAUGGGAACACUACCAAAUCAUAUUUAUUGUUUGCACGUUGGAUAAUUACUAAGCACUUAAAAACGCUUUGCAACCCAUGCGGAGGCUAAUAGGAUAAUCUCCACACCGUGAAAAAAGGGGAAAGUACUUCCUCUUUUUUCUGUUUAGAAGUCAUUGCAAUUUUAGAUAGAUAGCGCAGACAUUUCUCUUCUACCUUAGGCCUACUUCUUUUUCAAAUCCACCUGAGGAAGGUCUAUGACAGAAACGUUGUAAAUACUGAAUACAUGUUUGCAUGUGUAAUGGACAGUGUGCGGGAUUCUCUCUUUCAAGCCUACUUCUUUUUUUAAAGUCAUGAUGCUGGAAUUGUCAUGCUUUUAAACUGCUCAGUUCAACACUGAGCUUGGUAUUUUUUUUUCUUUGAUUAUAAGAGAAGAUUAUAAGAUUAUAAGCUGUAUGUCAAUGGACAAGUCUAAGGGCUAGCCAGAGGAUAUAGUUGUUGUAUUCCUGUUUUGGGACAUGACUUGCUGACAUAUUUAUAUACUUUUGGUCAUCUUAUGGUUGUUGAGUGCCAACCUUUCUUAGCAGACUUGUUUAUAGGAAUUUCACUCUUUUUGAACCAUGAAUUAAUUUUGUUAUUAUACUGUGUGAGCCUGUUUCAUUUCCCCAGAGUCUUUAUUUUAUGGUUGCUCUCAAUCAUUGUCUGAAUAAGCAAUAUGGAUGUGGGCUAAGAACAUUGCUGUAAAGGAUCUUAAUACUUGGCCAAUGCUCCUUAAAAAAAAAAAAAAAACAAUUGAAAUAUAGGCUACAGAUUGAGAAGUACACCUGUUAUUGAGAUUACCUGCUCAGACUAUGCUUAAUGUCAUUCAUUCUUCUAAGGCGGACCUACCGUGUUAAGUUGUGUAAACAGUGUACUUUAAGUUAGAAUAAAAUAUGAAUGUCACACAAAGACUCUGACCAUUCUGUUCAAAUGUAAAAUACGAUAUUUAUUGAUUCAAUUGAAAUAUGCAACAUGGGAAAUAAAAACAGUCUUGGUCAUGUCAUUCCAGUAACA